GGGGUGUGGUCACGUGAGCAGCAUUGACCGGAAGUAAAUAGUUUUUAUCUGGCCUGAGACCGUCACUAAUCAACACGGAUAGGGACCUCAUCAAGGACAGUACAGAGGAGAGAAGUCCUACAGGUGCCAUGCCCUCUGCAGAACCUGACCUCUUGGGUGGAAACAUGUCAGAUGGGGGCGCUGGAUUAUCACCAGACACAAAGAUGAACCAUGGUGCACUGCAAAGUAGUUUAUGUGAUCCUGGCAGUCCUGAUGGGCUGCUGACUAAAUGCAUUGCUGUGCAGACAGAGCGUGAUCAGAAAGAUGCAGAAACCAUUACCGAAAAGGACACAGAGAAGCUCUUGAAGCUGCUCGUUGGCCGUAGAGAACUCCUAAAAGACAGUUACCAGGAGGUUCUGGACAGACAGAUCCAGGCCGAGAAACAGAUACAGGUGCAGAUUAAACAACUAAAGCUGCAGAAUGAGGAAGAAACACUAAAACACAAGGGAUAUCUAAAAAACAUUCAAGAUCUGAGGAUUAAGAAAGAAGAGGCUAGAAAAAAGAUUGAAAAAGAGCGAAGGGAACACGCCCAGAAGGAACAGGAUCUGGGUGCAGAAUUGGUAAAACUGCAAAGCAAGAAUGAAAGCCUUCAGAAAGAACACAAUGAGGCUGAGCAAAAAAUCACAGAUUUACUUGCUGAGCAAGCAACAGAGAGGAAAGAGUGGGACACUGAAUUGACUGUACUGAGAAAAAAAGACAGUGAAAUUAACCAGAUUGCAGUAGAGCAAAUAGAGUAUGCCAAAAGAGCUGAGGUCAUGUCCCUGGAGAGUCGAAGAGACCUAUUACUCAUAUCAUUAGAGGAGGCAGAAAAGGAAGCUGAGGUCACACUUUCAUAUCUGAGGGUGGCUCCUCCUAAUUUGGAAUGGAUUCAGCUAAAGCAACGGUGGGAUGCCAGGCUUUCCGGUAUUCAGCAAAUGAAGUCAAAUCUUCAGGAGCAAUUUGAAAAACAAAUUAGACAGGUGAAUAACGGCACCCGGCUGAGCAGUCUACCCUCCAUAAUGGCUCCAAAUCUGACUCCUCCACCAUCCGAUCCCAGCCUCAUGUUGCAGAAAAUUGCUUUCGCCCCUCUUCAGUCAAUGGCAGCUACAGAUGCUGGACUCCAAGGAAAAGCUUCCCUGCCAUUUCAGCGUCCCCCAUUAAUGCCAUUUAAUCCAUUAUCUUUCCUUGGUAAUGUGGCAUCACCUUCAAGCUUACCAAGUACUGCUCAAAACCCAGCAGCUAACUCUGAUGUCCCUGGUCCACCUGGCACAGACAAGUUGAGCAAAAUUCUUGAGAAGCUACAAGCCAGGUUCCCACUAUACACUAAGGGGCACUUAACUAACAUUCUUCAGAAGAUUAAGAUGAAACGGGGCACUCUGUCUGGCCUCACUGUUGAGGCGUUGUGCCAGCUUGUCGAAACGCAUGUAGAACAGGAUGAAGUAAAAGAAUCUGCAAACCCAGUUACAAAGCCUAUUGGCCAUGGCAGGCUGCAGUAUCCACCUGCACAAAGAACCUCUACAUUUCUGUCUUCAGCUUAUGGAGGAUAUGCAGGGCGACCACAGGUAUGUUUCAUUUGCCAGAAGAUUGUACAGCCACAUGACCGGCAGCCCACGUCUUGUAACCAUGCCUUACACAGAGAGUGUGCUAAACCCUGGUCUUUAACUAGCCAUGACAGCACCUGCCCAUUCUGCCCAAGCCAGCGAUGACCAGAUAUGACUUUGUAGUCCAUGGAUGCUGGAGUUUUGCUGCACAGAAGAAUGCCAAACUUCCUUUUCAACAUGUCAGUGUACAGAAAGAACUCUAUAAUAAACAUGUGUUGAAGGAAAA